ACUUUUAUUCGCCAUGGAAGUUGAUCUGCAGAGGAAGAAUACAAGCCAAAUCAAGAAGGAAGACAAGGGAGACAGCAAUCGCCAUCGUGGUGAAGAAGAUGACUCCAAACAAGAGGUUGUUAUUCCUAAGGAUGAGAAGCAGUUUGAAUUAACCAAAGCUGAAAUGGGUGAGGUGAGGGAAGAAAACCAGAGGCUAAGGCUGCACCUGGACCAGAUAAUGAAAGACUAUCAAACCCUUCAAAAGAAGUUCCAAGACAUUCUCCAUCAACAGCAAUUAGAAACAUCAACCACUGUCGCCACUGCCACCAAACCUAACGAACAACCACGAAUCAAUGACGAAUCCGAUCUUGUUUCCCUCAGUCUUGGAAGGACAUCGUCACCUGAACUGGUCAAGAAAGAUAAGAGAUGUACAACUCCUCCAACCAAAAGUUCGGAAGGGUUAGGCCUUGGACUCGAGUACUGCAAAUUUGAACUUUCAUCCACCACGCAAGCUGAAUCUUCGAUCAAUCCAAGCCCUGAUAAUAGCUUGGAAGAAACUAAAGAUGAAGCUGGAGAGACUUGGACGCCACAGAAGCCUCCGACUCCAAAGAGAAGUGGAGAUGAUCAAGAGGUUUCGCAGCAAAACCCUACGAAGAAAACUAGGGUUUCCGUUAGGGUUCGUUGUGAUACACCAACGAUGAAUGAUGGAUGUCAAUGGAGAAAAUAUGGACAAAAGAUCGCGAAAGGAAAUCCAUGUCCACGGGCAUAUUAUCGGUGCACCAUUUCUCCGACUUGCCCAGUGAGGAAACAGGUGCAAAGAUGUCCUCAAGAUAUGUCGAUUCUGAUCACCACAUACGAAGGAACACAUAACCAUCCGCUUCCGGUGUCUGCCACCGCAAUGGCUUCCACCACCUCCGCAGCCGCGAGUAUGUUAACAUCGGGCUCCUCGACCUCCGGAUCAAAUUCAAACCCUAACCCUAGCAUCAGCUCUCACGGGCUAAACUUUUAUCUCAACGAGAACUUAAAAUUAAAGCCGAUUUACCUGCCACAUUCUUCGAUAUCGCCAUCACCCUCAUGCCCAACCGUCACUCUUGAUCUUACUUCAAACACACUUUCGACAUCAUCACCUUACAAUUACCGAACUCCACCAAUGGCCAACACCUUCCCACCUAGAUAUUCAACCACAAACCUCAACUUUAGUUCUUUGGAUUCUAAUCCAUUGCCAAUUUCUUGGAGCAAUGGGACCCUCAACUACGGGAAAAAUCAAAUGGGGUCCUUGAACUUUGGAUCAACACAGGCUCAAGAAAAUAUCUACCAUUCUUACAUUCAAAAUAAGAGCAUGAUGGCGCCCACUGCAACCAGUAACCAACAUUCUCUACAACCAGACACCAUUGAAGCUGCAACAAGAGCAAUCACAUCAGACCCUAAUUUCCAAUCGGUUCUACAGGCGGCACUGACGUCGAUAAUUGGCGGUGUUGGGAUUGGAGUUCAAGGAGAAGGAGAGAAAUCCGGGCAGAAUGUGAAACUGGAAGACACAUUUCCAGUGUUCUCUAGCUUUCCUUCAACUUCAAACGCAAACAAAUGUUCAUCAAGCUUCUUUAACAAAUCAACGGCAGCAACGACGACAACGAUGAAUAAGCAAGCUCCCGGUUCGAAUUCAUUGCCAUUUUCUAGCUCAAGGAGUAAAUCUACUUCGCCAGAGAACAGCAGAGACCAUGUGGUUUGAUGGAUAUAAUUAGGGUUGCAUUGGAUUAAUUUUCUUUUGUAAUUUUAUAUUUUUGUUUGAUUAAAAUAGUGAAUCAUGAUAACACAAGAUUAAAUUGUAAUUAAUUUGUAUAAUUACGUAUUGUAAGAUUUAGUAUA